AUGAGCGAGGCUGUGAAUGACACACGUCUUGUGGAGUGCUCGAAUAUCUCUGAUCCUUGGCAGUCUGUUUUGUGUACGAGAUGUGGACUCGUUCUUUCACCUGACCAUCAAGAACUACUUGGUAUCUAUUAUAAACUCGAGCCUAUGUUUGGUACUCUUGCCUUUGUUUUGUCACUGCUCAGCUUGAUUGGGAAUUUCUUGGUGAUCUUGACAGCUUUGGCCGACCGUCACAACCAUAACAUGGCUGAUUUGUUUUUCUUUAACAUAGCCAUCGCCAGUGAGUUCUACUCGGGGGUGAACAUCAUUGGCGAGUCUUUAUCUCUCGUACAAGGACAGAUAACGUUGAAGGAAUCGUGUGUGAGUCAACCGCUUACGAGUUUGAGAAUACUAACGUUUACCGUGUCCAUCUACUCUUUGUUGGCCGUAAGUAUGGAUCGUUAUCUUGCUACAACAACAAUGUUCAACGUUAGCAAUGAUAAUAACCGUAAAGUUGAAAUCCUGGUUCUACUGUGGCUGAUAUCACUGGCUAUCACUCUACCAAUAGCUUUCUGUGACUUUACAGUCAACAUCCCUUACACAGUAUGUUUGGCCAUCAUCAUCCUCUGCCUACCCCUCUUGGGAGUACUGGUGUUCAAUUUCUUUAUUUGUAAAUCUGCACGCAUCCAAGUAGGCCCGAUGCCUCGUCAUGGCGAGAUUCACACCCAAAGAACAGUUCGCUUGGUGACCGCCCUUGUUGUUUCACUUGUAAUACUGUGGAUGCCUUACUUGGUAAUGAUUAGUUACCCAGCAAUCAAUGGAGAUAUAUUCAGCUGUGAUGGAUACAUAAGAGUUCUAUUGGUCGAAAGGGCUGUCAAUAUCCUGGCUUACUUCAACGCAGCAAUCAACCCUGUGUUGUACUGCGUAUUUUCGAAGACUUUUAGACAAGGAUUUCAAAGUAUUCACAGAUUCUCUUGUCCUUGCCUUUUUGAGCCACAGUAA